AUGAGUCGGUAUCUGGUGAUCGCGGCGCGGCAACGUGAGGACGAGGGCGAGCAGUGGGCCCGCCCGGUAGCCAACGCCAGCAGGGUGCAGUGGGGGGCCAUGCACUCCCCGCGCUUAAAGACGGCGCUGCAGGAGGUGCUGACGGACCCCCCAACGACGAUGGGGACCAAGCAGCAGCUCGAGCAACAGCAGGCUGCCGCCGUGGACGACGCCGCCGCUUCCAUGGAUCUGCAGGCCGCCCUCCACGCGACCGCGAGGUGGCUGGGCGCCAACUGCCCUCGCUGCGCCGCGGCCGAUGGCUGCGCCGCCGCUUCCGACCACGACAAAGCGUUGCCCCUCACCAAAUACGCUGCGCGCGUCGUCCCACCUUGCGCCGGGCGCAAGCAGCCCGCCCGCAUUGCGCGGCAGCCGGGCGACCCCGACACCUCGGCGCACAAGUUGGUUGGCGAGCGCUUCCACGAGCACGACCAGGUUGCGGCCCCGAUGUCCGCCUCGAGAACCGGCGCGCCGCCGCCAACGGCGCGACCGCCCUCCGUGCACAACGUCAAGAUGGGUCCAUUGCGCUGCCCCAGAGCCACCACCGACGAGGACGCCCGCGCCUGCAUGGCGCAAGGCGAAUGCCAGUUCAGAAUCCGGCGCGAAGCCCAGAGGUUCUGCGACGGCCAGGCCGACUGCAAGGCCGUGCUGCUGCACCCCUUCGGCGGCGACUGCGCGGGGGGCCUGGGCUGCUACACCCCGCGCCGCGGGGAGGAGGGAACGGCGGACCUCUGGGCCCGGACUGGCGGCAAGCUCUGGGUCAAGGUCCCAGGCAAGCACGGCGCUCCUUGUACCCAUUCUGCCAGCAGCCGUUAUCGUACCGGCUGCUCUGGGAGCGCCAAGGUCUGCGAGCAGCGCGGCGGGCGGCUGGCGUCGCCACGCAGCGGGGAGGAGAGGAGCGCGCUGCAGGGCGCCCUGGACGCGGCCCAGGCCGAUGGUAAGCUUUCCCAUACGUGGCCACGCAAUACAAUCUGGCUGGGCGGCGAGUGGAACGCGUCAAGUGAGCGAUGGGAGUGGAGUGGAGGCGCCCCUGUCGAUCACUUCAAUUGGGCCGCAGACCAGCCGAGCUCCAAGGGGCACCAGGAGAGCGAGCCGUGGCUGUGCAUGGUCCUCAGCGGCGAGACACACGAUUCCAAAGAUGAGCCUGGUAACGAAUCCAAGAGUAAUGUGCGAGGAGGAGGGGGAAGAGGAACCACGGCCGUCCACCACCACGGCGCAGCCCGAGGCGCUGCCCGGGGAGUUCGACCGGGUCGCGGCUGA